AUGGGCUUGUUGUCCUCCAACUUCCUGCUUGCUCGUCGUUCUAUCCUGCAGAUCAUGGCCUCGGGAGUUGUAACUCCUGGUCACCCGCCAAUACGAAAAUCCAAUACGGCGUUGAGCAUUCGAGUUGCAAAUCUUGCGGAUAACGUCUCCAGUCAGCAGGUUGUCUCGUUGUUCUCAUCCCAGAUUGGCCCCAUACGAGAAUUUUGCGAGUCUGACAGCAACGACUGUCGAUCGUUGGAACUGUGCUUCUACUCGCGGGAUGCAUCCAGGAGAGCCCUCUGCUUAGCCGGAUAUAUGCUUGGUGGAAAUCAAAUUUCAGUGACAUCGCUUCAAUCCCAAAGCAACGGCGAAAGGCGACUUGAUCAAAAGCGUAACCUAUAUGUCCUUGGGCUCCCUUUCGAUCUGACCAAAAAUGAGCUAGCUGAAGCUUUUAGCACAUGUGGGAAGGUAUCUCAUUGUGUUAUCCUGGCAACAGUUGACAAUGCAUCUCGCCGUCGGGGCUUCGUCGUAAUGUCUACUCACGAAGAAGCAAAGCUCGCUAUAAGUAAGCUCUCACAGACUCAGCUGAAAGGGCAUACGCUCGAUAUUUCAUGGGCUGUGGUUCAACGUUCCCAAGGCUUUCUUGACGGCGGUGAUCGCAAUGUCGGCCUAGAUGCCAGCAUUUCGGACGGUUCAUUAGGUUCUGACGCUCCUAUUCCCGAAGCUCCCAUGACUGCUGCGUCCACGCUCGGCGGACUACCCGAUGCUCACUGCCUCUCCGUAGCUUUGUUUCCAACCAACAUCCUUCUCGUGAAAAAUCUCCCGACCUUCCUAUUCUCGCAGAUUUCCGAUUUGAAGCCGCUUUUCUAUCCCUUUGGUCCAAUCAAGCAGCUCAAACUACUAUCAGCCUCGGGAAACGGGCCGCUAAACAGCUCGGAUACUCUUCGGCCUUCUACGGACAUGCUCCCUGAUUCUGUGGAUACUGCCUCUGCUAUCGUCGAAUUUACAUCUCUUUCUAAUGCUGAGGACGCCAAAUUGUCUCUCCACGGUCAGAUUUACGCCAAUCUCGUCGUCGCUGUAUAUUUCCUGGGCCGACCUGUACCCGCGAACGACCAUUUUGCGACUACUGAAACAUAUCACGGAUUGCCAGGCUAUUUUUUGGAUCCGAGCCCUCCCUUUGUUUAUGGAUCUCCUCACUACGCCCAUCGGCCUGUAUUUUAUGGAUCUCACGUCAGUGGACUGCCCUACUAUGCCACUCCUGCGCCUUAUAGCCUGGCUUUUGUCCCGCCUAUCUGUACUGGACAUUCCUCUGGCCAUUACGCCAACCCUCCCUACGCGAUACAUAACCCCUAUGCCCGACCUUCUGGCUGGCCUCGCUUAGAUUCCCGGACAAGCUCAUUGGACUCUCGGCUCAGUCUGGACUCCCACUACUCGCCCUCUGGCCACGUCUUUGAUGUAUCCAACCAUCUCUCCGCGCCACCCUCUUUCAAUCCUUUCUAA